CGAAGCAAUUGGCAGAAAACGGUGCGCUUUGGUGAGAUUGGGCUCUAUUCUGUCCUCUCUGUUCUGUUGCCAUUUGUUGUCUUCUCUGAUUCACCUUCCACGGCGACACCGAACCCGCCACCGCCAUCCACCGUUGCGUUCUUGCUCCCUCUGGAAUCAGGGAAAUGGGUUUGUGGACAUUACUUGAGGGGUUCCUGCUUCUUGCAAAUGCACUAGCAAUACUAAAUGAGGACCGCUUUCUUGUACCUAGAGGAUGGGGCUUAUCAGAUUUUUCAGGCGGCAGGACAAAAUCUUUCAAAGGCCAGCUUAUAGGUUUCAUAUAUGCGACUCAGUACCUAAGAGUUCCUCUCAUACUUCUCAACUCCAUCUUCAUUAUCGUAAAGUUGGUUUCUGGAUGAUGCCUCGCAAGGUUCAGGAGUUUUCGACAGAUGAUUUCAACUUGUUAGGUGGCAAAAUUUGACAAAUUUUAUUGUAGAAAUAUCCAUUAAAAGUAUUUAUCUUUUUUUGGAUAUUGAUCCAUAGAUGUUAUUUGUUAUCGUAAAAAUCGCGUUUGCCAUCGGGACAUAAAUAGUCAGAAAUUGAGAUCAUUGUGAUUGUGACAUUAGUUGGGUGGGUGUUGAAUUUGUUUUUGAAGAAUUAGUUAUCAUCUGCCAAUUUUCUUU